UCAAACGUCUCAGCAGUUUACACGUCUGUAUUUCUGACUCAUUAUUUAUAGGUAGCCCAGGUUAAUUUAUGCGCAAUUCUCUUCAGCUGUCCUUGUUAAAAUUGUAAAGAUAAAAUGUCUGAGGAACGGUAUGACUUUGUUGUGUUCGGUGCCAGUGGAUUUACUGGUCAGUUUGUGGUGGAUGAAGUUGCCAGAGUUAUUGAAGAGGAAGGUGGAAAUUUGAAGAUGGCAAUUGCAGGCAGAUCUAUGGAAAAAUUGCAGAAAGUUCUAAAGGAAUCUUCCCAAAGAACAGGGCUGACAUUGGAAGAAACACCUAUAAUUAUUUGUGAUGUAUCCAGUCAGGAGUCACUUGGCGAAAUGUGUAAACAAGCAAAAGUUGUUCUCAACUGUGUUGGUCCAUAUAGGUUUUAUGGUGAGCAAGUUGUGAAAGCCUGUAUUGAGAAUAGUGCUCAUCACAUUGAUAUAAGUGGAGAACCACAGUACUUGGAAAAGAUGCAGCUUAUGUACAGUGGUAAAGCGAGAGAGCAGGAUGUAUAUGUAAUUGGUGCAUGUGGUUUUGACAGUGUUCCCAGUGACUUGGGUGUGGCCUUUCUCACACAAAAAUUUGAUGGUGAUUUGAAUUCAGUGGAAUUUUUUGUAACAUUACAUCCAGGAGCUGAUGGCCUGUCUGGGAAUAUAACAACAUUAGAAAGUGCUCUACAUGGAUUUGCUAAAGCUGGAGAAUUAAAGCCAUUGAGGAAAACAUUGUUCCCAACACCACUUCCUAGAAGUCAGUAUAAGAUUGUACCAAAGUCAGCUGGUUUCAACAAGGAUAUUGAUCAUUGGUGCUUAAACUUUCCAGGCAGUGAUAGAGCUAUAGUAAAUAGAAGUGUCAGAUUUGAUUAUGAAGUCAACCAAAAAAGACCAUUUCAAGUUGGUGCGUAUAUUCAGCUACCAAGUUUUAUCUACAUGAUGCUGACUGUCAUUAUAGGCUUCCUUGUUGGAAUUCUUGCUAAAUUCAGCAUAGGGAGAUCACUUAUCUUGAAGUAUCCACAGAUAUUUACCUUUGGGGUAUUCAAACAUGGAGGACCAUCAAAAAAACAGAUAGAGACAUCAAGUUUCAGUAUAACAUUGAUUGGUAAAGGCUGGAAGGACAAGCUUACAGAUGUUGAUGCCCAGCAUGACACCCCACCAGACAGUAAGAUAGUUGUUCGAGUUUCGGGACCAGAGGCUGGCUAUGUUACUACACCAAUCUGUAUGGUUCAAUGUGCCCUAACCUUGCUGAAAGAAGUCUCUAAAGAUAAGAUGUGUGGUGGAGUAUAUACAACAGCCGCCAUAUUUCGGGAUACAAGUUUGAUUGACAGAUUGAACAAACACAAUGUGAAGUAUGAGGUGAUCACUGAACAAGGACCAAUCUAAGAACUGACAAAAUUAUGUGAGAAAUCAGCAGAUAUUACAAGUUUUAUAACAAGAUUGAACUCAUAUAGAUUGUUGGAAAGCCACUAUUGAGAGAUUGGCGCAUAUUUUAUAUCAACUUUGUUAAUUAAUUUAUUUUAUUUAGUGCUUACAGUAGCUGUAAUAUCUUGCAAAAAUGACACAAACUUAAGAUCAACUAUUUAUUAGAAAAAUCACUUAAAAACAAGAUUUUGGACCAGCAGGGAAAUCGGGUUAUGUUGAAAAAUUAUUACAUCACAAAUUUCAAAUGUAUUUUAAAGCAUAAACAUCCAGUUCUGAGACAGUACAGUAAACAGUGUUCAAUUACACUCUGAUAGAAUGGAGGAUUUAAAAAUAAAAAAUGAAAUUUAAAACAUGAGCCUGGUUUUCCUGUGUUUUUGACUUUCAGCAUUUUAUUAUUAUUGUUUGUUACAUCAUUGUGCUUUUUUGUCUAACUGAGCAUUCAAUGUUUUUUAUUAUAUAUUUAAAUUGUAUUUUUGUAUUCAUAUCAUCCACAGUAUUGACCAAAAAAUUAUUUUGUUGUUUUUUAUAAAUGUUGAAGAUCAAACUAUUAUACACAGUGCAUUAUCUGUGAGUUUUAUACUUUGUUUUAAUUUUUAGUUUUGAAAAUAUAAGGUACAAAAAAGUUACAUCAUAGAAAUUGUUAGAACUUUAUUUAAAUGAGACCAUAAUCCAGUUGUUUUUCUGAAAUCUUUAAACUCUACUACAAAGUUAUUAUUUUAAUGUAUUUUUUAUAUCAAGUAUUUAUUUAUUUGUUUGUUUUGCUUUAAGUAUUAUCUGUAACAUAUGUAAAACCUGAUAUCAAAACAUAUUUUAAAUAAAACUUCAGGAGAUUACAUGGGGUGUCAGUGAUCCUACCUUCCAAGAUAAAAUCUAAAUAAUGAGAUAUGGUAUGUCUUCCUCCACUAUUGGCCAUACUUAUUUUAAAAAAUUUGUGCAAACCUUAAACCAAAGUAGUUGAAUUGUCAAUUAAAUAAGUUCAUUUUAUUACUAGUAUUUUCACUGCCAUUUCUCUUCAAUUGGGAAAAUAUGUUUAUUUUUGGUUCCUUGAAUGUUAGCUUUAUGUUGCAAUUAUAUCAGUAGAACUUUGGGGGUAAUUUAUACAUUCACUAAAUAAAAAGGUUGACAUUCAUAACCAAACUUCAUUUACAAUUGAAAAUAUUUUGAAACAAAACUGAUUUUAUCUUGAAGUUUACCUUCUUUUAAUAAUAUGAUGGUUUACUCUUUCUACCAGAAAUACGCAGAAAUUCAU